AGCACACUGUUCUCGGUCAGUGUUGUAAAAUUCGCGCUUGUUUAGUGCUACAACUUAUAAACAGCAUUUUAGAUUUUGCAAACUUAAAUAUACAAUUUUCAGUCAGUAAGUACGAAAAGUGCUAAUAUUUUAUUUAAAUGGCCGACGAAACAGAGCAGCUCAGCCAGGUGAUUUUGCCGGUGAAGGAGCCCCUGGAUCUCAUCCGAUUGAGUUUGGAUGAGAAGGUGUACGUAAAGAUGCGCAACGAGCGGGAACUGCGAGGACGUCUUCACGCGUUUGAUCAGCAUUUGAACAUGGUGCUGGGCGACGCGGAGGAGACGGUGACCACAGUGGAGAUCGACGAGGAAACCUACGAGGAGGUGUACAAGACCGCCAAGCGAACUAUUCCCAUGCUAUUCGUUAGAGGCGACGGAGUCAUCCUGGUUUCGCCACCCAUGCGGGUGGGCUAGCGGGUCUUGUUUAGCUUUAAAUCUAUCACCUGCAUUUAUACAUGCUGUAUCUAAAUAGGUUUAUAAAUGUCUUUUAAAACAAAA